ACAUGAGUAAAAUUUGACAUUUUUCUUAAGGAGGAUACGACUUAAAGUAUACUAGGGAGAAACACCCGACAUUCUCGAGCUCUCUCUCAACUCUCUAAGUCCGAACUCCGAGAUUUGUGAUGGAGGAAUUAGAGGAAGCAUUGAGUGAUAAAGGGCUCACCGUCUCCUCUGUGCCGGAAAAGGGUCGCUGCCUUUUCACCACUCGAGAUUUCUCUCCAGGGGAAGUGAUUAUAUCGGAAGAGCCAUAUGUUUCAGUUCCCAAUAAAUCAGCUAAAUGUGAAUGGUGUUUUACUUCAAGUAACCUCAAGAGAUGUUCUGCAUGUCAAGUUGUUAACUACUGUGGCAACACAUGCCAGAAGUCAGAUUGGAAGUUGCAUAGGGUUGAAUGCCAGGUUUUGUCCAAAGUUGACAAGGAGAGGGUAAAAUCGAUCACGCCAAGUAUAAGAUUGAUGGUUAAGCUUUAUCUCCGGAGGAAACUGCAAGAUGAGAAGGUCAUUCCAAUAACAGUCAUGGACAAUUACAAUCUGGUGGAAUCCUUGGUUUCUCAUAUGACUGGUAUUGAUGAGAAGCAACUAGUUUUGUAUGCUCAGAUGGCAAACCUUGUCAAUCUGAUUCUUCAAUGUCCCAAGAUCAAUGUAAAGGAGAUUGCAGAAAACUUUUCUAAGUUUUCAUGUAAUGCACAUACAAUUUGUGACGCUGAACUGAAACCCCUGGGGACAGGCCUUUAUCCUGUGGUUUCUAUAAUCAACCACAGUUGUUUGCCGAAUUCGGUUCUAAUAUUUGAGGGAAGAAUGGCUGUUGUCCGAGCUCUGCAUCAUAUACCUAAAGGUACUGAGGUAUCAAUAAGUUAUAUAGAAAUGGCUGGAACCACUGCAACUCGUCAAAAGGCUCUUAAAGAACAGUACCUUUUCUCCUGCACUUGCAUUCGCUGCAUCAAGUUGGGACAAAAUGAUGAUAUCCAAGAAAGUGCAGUUCUGGAGGGUUAUAGAUGCAAGGACAAGAGAUGCACUGGUUUCAUGCUUCGUGACUCUGGUAAUAUAGGAUUCACAUGCCAAUUAUGUGGACUUGUUAGGGACAAGGAAGAAAUAAAGAAUACUGUUCAUGAAAUCCAAUCACUGUCUGAAAAGGCUUCGAUUUCACUUCCAUGUGGACAUAACAAAGAUGCUAGUGUAAUGUAUAAGAUGAUUGAAAAACUUCAAUUGGAGCUGUACCAUGCAUCGUCGAUCAAUCUGAUGCGCACACGUGAGAAUAUCUUAAAGAUAUUGAUGGAGCUGCAAGAUUGGAAGGAGGCACUAAAGUAUUGCAGAUUAACUAUUCCAGCUUAUCGGAGAGUUUAUCCAGAAUGUCAUCCUUUACUCGGACUGCAAUACUAUACUUGUGGAAAACUUGAAUGGUGGCUUGGUGAGACUGAGGAAGCGUACAGGUCACUAGCCAAGGCAGCAGAGGUACUGCGAAUUACUCAUGGAACAUACACCACUUUCAUGAAGGAGCUUUUUGUGAAGUUAGAAGAAGCUCGUGCGGAGCUUUCUUACAAGAUUUCAUCCAAGGAAGAAUGAUUAUUGAACAUCUGCAUCCACAGAUGCACAAACUCUUAGACGAUUGCACAAAAUUCUGUUAUACAUGUUCAGCAAAAGGUGAGGAUGCAAAGAGUCUUGUAGACGACAUAUACAAAAUUCCGGAACAUCAGUUCAACAAAGUACGGACCUUCUUUCCUGAUCAUUACAACGAAUUUCUUGCGAGAUACUGAUCUCUCUUUUUCCUAAUGUCUUCUGAAUUUACUAUUGUGAGGGAAAAUAGGAUAACUGGCAGUUUCUGCUAUUGGUAUAAAGAUACAUUUGAAUAUUGAUGCAGGGGGUUCAAGUCAUGUUUCUUAGGAAGGUGUAAAUGUCUGAAGUAGUCAUUGUUGGUAACAUUCUGCCACCAAGCGUAAAUAGCUAUUUGUAGCUUCUUUGGUUUA